AUGGCGUUCUUCUUACGGCGCCCGUUCGCCGUACCAUCGGCGCUUCGUCAAAUCUCCAAGCCUGCCAACAGCGCUCGAUUUAUCCACAACACACCAUUCAAGCCGGUUCAGCCGAAGCCUGCUGGCCCCGUCUCUGCUUCCAUCUUCGCCAAAUCCCGUCAGACCUUCCAGAAUGCCUUCCGCCGCACGUACAUGCAGCCUUCCUACAACUACAGCACUCGUGGUGAGCUCAUGCAAAAACUGGCCUACGGUGCAGCCAUUGUCGGAGGUACCAUCAUUGCAACGAACCUGAUCUUCAACCGUGAGACAAGAGAGGAUGGCGGUAUGCCUCAUUAUGAGCGCAGCUACCUGAACGAGACUUUCAUGCAUACCGGACUUGGUGUUGGUAUCAUCGCUAUCGCUGCUCGGGCUAUGCACAUGAACGGUUUCUCCUACCGCAUGAUGGCUGCCAACCCGUGGAUGGUUGUCGGUCUCGGUCUCGUCGCUAGCAUUGGAACUAUGUACGGUACUUUGUACACUUCUCCUGACAACUAUGUCGUGAAGUACGGUCUCUGGACAGCUUUCAACGUCACUCAGGCGGCUCUUCUGUCUCCCUUGAUGUUCAUGAGCCCCGCUCUGCUCGCCCGCGCCGGUCUCUACACUGUCGGAAUGAUGGGUUCCAUUGCUUUCGUGGGUGCCACCGCCAAGCAGGAGAAAUACCUGUACCUUGGUGGUCCUCUGCUCGCUGGUGUGGCCAUCGUUGCUCUCUCCGGGUUCGCCCCUCUGGUCCUCCCUGCCACCGCCACCCGGACUUUGAUGUGGUCUGAGAAGAUCUGGCUGUACGGUGGCCUUGCCGUCUUCGGCGGUUUCACCCUCUAUGAUGUCCAGAAGAUUCUCCACCAUGCUCGCCUCGCUCAGCGCGGUCUUGUCCGCAAGGAUGUUGUCAACGAGAGCAUCAGCUUGACCCUGGACUUCAUCAACAUCUUCGUUCGCAUGGUUCAGAUUCUGGGCAUGCGCCAGAACCGGAAGUAAAUGGACCGCUAUCCAUCAAGACACCAAAUCAAGUCUCGUGGCCCAUUUGAGAGCCGCUCUGACGACCCCCCCCCCCCUCCCGGGUGACUGCCCGUCAGUCACAUCAACAACCAAAUCCUUUUGGAAUUCGGAUCGAUUGAGAAGUUGGAACAAGGUUGAUAUCUCGGCUCUGCUUUUGCGUCCGUUGUAAUUUUAUUCCUUUCAUGUUUCUCGCAGAUCUUCCUUUACAGCCUGUAGAUGGCACAUUUUACUAGGGUACUUUUGGUUCUCCGCCCAUGCUGGUAGACAGCCAUGGUAUUCAAGCGGAGUGACAUAGUAUGCACAGCUUCAAUUUUAGCCGCAUACAAGGAGGAAACAAUGACAACUCCACUCACGCAUCCG